AAGAAUGCAUUCCUUUUGAGAUGGUGGCAUCACGCCCUGGAAAAGCAGGUGAGAAGUUAAACUGGACAGAGGACAACGUCGUCUAUAACCUCGCGAAGGUACAAGAGCGUAAAGAAGAGAAUACUCCAAUUCAGAAAUGUCAGACUUGUGGGAUGACUUGGAGAAUUUUGCUCGCGCUCCCUGUUCUUUCACAGCAGCGCCAGGGGAGAGAGGUACUAUUAAAGCCAAAGCGAACUUUAACGUCGGUGAAGAUGUUGCAGCGCUUCGUAAAGCAAUUGAAGGCAUAGGUACAACUGAGAAGACACUGAUAGACAUACUGACUCACCGGAGCAGCAGUCAGAAGCAGGCUAUUUCAAAGGCGUAUGAAGAAACCACAAAGAGGAUUCUUGUUAAUGACCUAAAAGGCGACACACGUGGCAGUUUAGAGGACGUGCUUGUUGCUCUCGCAAGAACGCCUGCAGUUAAUGACGCUAAAUGGAUAAAUAAAGCAAUCAAAGGGGCUGGAACGGACACCAACGUCCUGAUAGAAAUACUUGCCUCACGGACAAACAAACAGAUCAAGGAGCUGUCUGCAGCAUUUGCUGAGGAAACAAAGAAAACUCUAAUGCAAAAGCUAAAGACAGAGGUUUCAGGAGAUUUUGGAAAAGCCAUCCUUCUGCUGGCUGAGGGUGCAAGGGAUGAAAGCACCAAUGUGAAUGCAGACAAGGCUAGAGAGGAUGCAAAGGCCCUCUAUCAAGCAGGCGAGAAAAGACUGGGAACUGAUGAGUCCAAGUUCAUUGAGAUCCUCUGUAAAAGGAGCAUCCCUCACCUGAGACAAACAAUACUGGAGUACAAAAACAUCAGUGGCAAGACUUUGCAGAAGAGCAUUGAGAAGGAAAUAUCUGGUGAUCUGGAGAAACUGCUUGUUGCCAUCGUGAAGUGUGUGAUGAGUACUCCUGCAUACUUUGCUGAAAAACUCCACAAAAGCAUGAAGGGAGUAGGUACAGAUGAAACCACUCUGACCAGAGUAAUGGUCAGCCGUGGAGAGGUUGACAUGCUGGACAUCAGAGCUGAAUUCAAGAAGCUCUACAAGCAUUCACUCUACAAGGAAAUAGGUUCAGAUGCGUCUGGCAGCUACGGUGACAGCUUGAAGAUGAUUUGUGGAGCAGAAGACUAGCCUAACCCUCGCGAUACUUUAUAAAAUGGUUUUAUUAAUAGAAUUUUUAGGAACACAUCUUAGGAAAUGUAGCCCUUAUAUUUACAGUUUUCUUUUUGGUAGUGAUUGGUGCCUCACAACAGCAGGCGUGACUGUAAUAGAUACUUAAAAACUUGAAACAUUAAAAUUGUGCUGAUGAAAUAUGCAUGUUAAAAUUUGUAAACACAAAACCGUGGAAUGUUAGAGAUACGUUACGGUACUACCUGUCAUUUCAGUGCGUUCACCCAAAGAUAAAAUUAAUACAGAAAACCUUUUCAUUACAUUAAAAAUAUCAUUACAUGCUCACAAGGCUCCCACUCUUUGCUUUUUGAUACUGCCUUCAAACCUCUUGCAAUCUUAUGUAAAACAGAUGGGUUUCCUGGUAUACUCAGGGAUAAGCAUAAGCUUCUGCUUUUUGUGUCUUCUUCUGUCUAAUCCUGAUUCCUCUAUACCAAAGGUCCUUACAAUUACCUCUGUAAUUGUGUACAGUUCUGGAAAUGCUUUGGAAUACAAAAUUAAUUUAGCAUAUAGUCUUCUUUUUCCUACUAUUUAAUAAGCACAAGUGUCUUUUCAAUCCAUUCUCAGUAAGCAAAUCUUCUGUGUGAGUGUAACAUGCAGAUAUCAGGAUCCACCCCCUCUCUUAUCUUUGGCUGGGAAGGUCAAUUCAUAUUAAAAUGACAAUGUUGCUGAA